AUGCUUGCUGUUAUAGACACAGGAUACAUAUUGGAAAGGCAUAUACCGAUUGAAAAAAUAACCAAAGGAUACAUCACAAGCUCAGUGAAGACAGAGCUCAAGAAUGCACAAUCAAGAAUGUAUAUUGAUUUAUUUUCUUUCAUGAUUGAAACACGAGAUCCUUCUGAUGAGUAUAUAGCGAAGGUCAAUGAGUAUCUCAAAAGCACAGUCUCAAAUCUAAGCGCAACGGAUGUGGAUGUGGUUGCAUUGACUCUAGAGCUGAUGGAUGAGAUGUCUUCGCAAUGGCUAGGUCCAGGUAGUUUGAAUAGUAUCGAUGUGUGCUGCUUGACUCAUGACAAUGGAAUCAAAAAUGCACUUGCACACUAUGGAUCUUAUGAAGACCGUGAUUUUUCUAGAAGAACAUAUAAAACCAGAUGUUAUGCAUGCUACAGUGUUUUUAGUGAAUGUAUGGAUUUCUGUAAAAAUUGUGGACAUUCCACUCUUACAAAAGUAAGUGUUGGAAAUGCAAAUGGAAAGGAAGUUCUGUACUUCAAGAAGGAUUACAAGUACAAGCCUAAGGUGAUUAGAGACAACAAUGGAAUAGAACUCCGUAGUAUUGAUCAAAGGGAGUAUAUCCACCAUCAGAAGAUGAUGAAGAGAAAGAAUAACAAGGGGAUUUAA